GACCACAGGCGCCUGUUUUCUCCCACGUCCUCAGACAGGCUUUAAACCCCCCGGAAUCAAGCGGCUGAGGACAUUCAGCCCCCACACAGCGACAAUGAGCGGAAGAGGCAAAGGAGGAAAAGGACUCGGGAAAGGAGGCGCCAAGCGGCACCGCAAAGUCCUGCGGGACAACAUCCAGGGCAUCACCAAGCCCGCCAUCCGCCGCCUGGCCCGCCGCGGCGGAGUGAAGCGCAUCUCCGGCCUCAUCUACGAGGAGACCCGCGGCGUGCUCAAGGUCUUCCUGGAGAACGUGAUCCGGGACGCGGUCACCUACACCGAGCACGCCAAGAGGAAGACCGUCACCGCCAUGGACGUGGUCUACGCCCUGAAGAGGCAGGGCCGCACCCUGUACGGGUUCGGCGGUUAAACCGGAUCCUCCCCGUCUGUCCAAACCAAAGGUCCUUUUCAGGACCCCUCAGCCAGUCCAGAAGAGCUCAUUUCCUCCACUUCAUUAAUAUUAAUUAGUUCUAACUAACGGCUUUGACAAACUGUUCUCUCCCUGAAGUGACUCAGUGUCGUGAACUCAAUGCUGGACCAGUUCCAGGAAACUGACUCACGUUAAGGUUUUUAUCUGACCUCAUGUUUUAACAUUUACAGAUGUAGUUCUAGUUCUUUUCGUGACUUCUCAUCACUGAACUCAGUCCGGACUGAUGGUGAACAGCACUGAUCGCUCCGGGUCGAGGUUUCAUCAUUCUGGUCCUCCGGUCAGUCAGUGGUGGAGCUGCCGGACCCGUUUUAGUCAAGACCGUUUGAAGUGGUUCAAGUCCAUGAAGGAGAUUAAUGUUUGUGUGAAGCGGGUCAGUCCGACUCCUGUCGGCCGCAAGGAGGGUGGAGGAGUAAAGUAUUCCCGGUCCUCCCUGAACUGUGAGUUCCUCCUGUUCUGUUCCCCCCCCUGUUCUCCUGCUGAACUGACAACAUUAACAAAGACAUUAAAGAGUGAAACGGGUCUUUUACAAACCUUUAGCUGGAGAGCGGAAGCUCCGACCGGACGAGCCGUGACAGCGAUACUGAGCCCAAACAGGAAGAACGACUUUCAAAAUAAAAGCUCAUGCUUAUACACAUGUAUAUCACAACAAAGGAAACAUCAAGGAUUCAAAUGUCAAGUAAAAGUAGCGAUACCUACUUUUAAAAGAACUCACAACUCUAACUCCACCUUCUGUGUACUUAACAUUUAAGCACACUCACACACUUAAAUAUACAUUUUAGUAUAUUGGCACAUUUAUUUCAUUUUAUUGUUUACUGUUUAUAUACAUUAAGUAUAUUUCACCUGCUGUCGCUACAUUUCACCGGUAUAUUUUAUUGUUUAGUAUAUUUUUAAUUGCAUUUACGAAUAUUUUUAUUGCAUGUUUAUUUUAUUCUAGUAUAUUAAUUUUAUUCUAAUCUUGUUUCUAACAUGGGGGUUGCAAUGCAAAUUUCAUUGACAUGCCAUGCUCAAUGACAAAGAAAUCUUGAAUCUUAGAAGUAAAAAGGAAGUGAAAGUAUAAAAGUAUUGCGGUGAA